AUGGGAACAUCACUUCGUUCACAAGUAUUAGCUCAUUAUAAAAAAUUACUUCAUACAGCACAGGUUGUUUUUCAAAAUGAUCCACCACGAAUAGCUAGCAUGACACAAGGUAUACGAGAGAAUUUUGCACAUUAUAAAAAUGUAACAGAUGAAAAAACAAUAAAAGAAUUAAUUCGUGCAGCAAAGGAUACAGAUAGUUUUCUUCGUCGAGAAAUAUUACAAACAAUACAAACUGACGAAAAUACUUAUCGUUUAGUCGUCAAACCUUAUAUGCUUUUUGAUAAUACACGAUUAAUUCGAGAGUGUGAAGAUGAUGAAAAAGCACAUCAUGAAGAAGAAGAAAAGGCACGACAACAGGGAUUAUCACCUUGUGAAUUAGCAGCACAAAAAUAA